AUGACUGUAACGAUUGGAGACGACUUCGGAGGCUCAAUUGUGAUUUUACCAUCAUUCAUAGCCAACAAAACAGAUCUCUUGACAAUCUUUUCCUUACCUCAUCCAUCGAAUAACAGAUCAAAGAAACGCAUCAAUCUCAUAGGAUCCACAGAGGGAGAGAUCUUCCAGUUGAAGACUCAUGAAUUUAGUAAAGGGUGCACCUACAAUACUCAAUCUGACUUGGCAAACGAAAAAUACCACUAUACUACGAAUGAGGAGCCCUUAAAGUCGACCUUUCUCAUUAAUGAGGCAAAUCGAAGUGAUGGCCAUGUAAUGGAGAGUGGGACUUUCCAAAUUGCUGCUAAGUAUGACAUCGCAUUCAAUCUGAUUGGGUUUUAUUAUAAGGAUAGUGUAAGUGAAGCUGAAAAGGAAUACGAGGUUGAACUAGAGGUCCAAAGCUCGCCUUCAGAGGACCAGGCGAACUGUUUCACUGCAAGGGAUUUUCACGAUCAACUCAUUGAUUGUCAUGAUACUCAAUGGUCGAAAAUUUGUGUGAAAACUUUGGAAGCAGCAUUGAUGAAGAUCGCUGAACCUAUCGAGGAAGCUGGUUGCAUUUAUUUUAAACUGACGCAAGACAGAGUAACAAAAUACCUUGCAGGCAAAAUUUCCAAGAUGGCUUCAAACUUGCCAAAGAGUUUGCCCAUUGCAAAGGACCUACCAGCUGAUAUUCAAAAGUGUGCUCGUGUAGUUAUAGCGACGAAUCUGCUAGUUUCCUUGAUACCUAGAUUGGCCUAUUUGAAACUAAAAGAAUUCACGCCGGUUCCGAAUGAAAAUUUGGUUGAUAUUAAGGAAGCUUUCCAUAAGUACGAGAAGUACAAGAGUUCUCUGAAAUGCUCGAUCGCGGAGAAAGAACUACUAGUGAAUGCCGCCAUGACAGUGGGACUACCAACUGGUAAAGUAAAGGUAUCAGCCAUGAAGAAAGUUACAAAGAAAACUAUUAAAGUAAGGAAACAAACUGGAGCCAUAGAUGGUUUCUUCAAACAGGCAAAUUGA